UUCUCGAGGCCGAGGGAAAUCCAGGCGCGCACUCGGGCACGGAAAUAUAGUCCCUGCCUCCCUCCCUGCCUGCCAGCCGGCCUGCCUCCCUCCCUGCCUCCCUCGGGCUGGAAGGCGGGUUCCGGGCGGCGGGCGGGGGCUGGACCGUUGGGGCCCCCCCGGGAGGUCGAGUCCUGCUCCCGGGCGCCCACUCCCACUCCCACUCCCACUCGCACUAACUCUCGCUCUCCCCACUCGCACACUCCCAACUUGCUUUGCAGCUCCCGGAGUUGUUCCUGCCUGCCCUAGUUGUUGCCGCUCUUCGCCCGCUUUUUCUUCUUUUUCUUUUCCCAGCAGCUCGGUUGGGGUGGGGGUGGCUAUCGUGGUCCCACUAGGGGAAGAGGGGUCGUUUGGUGUGGAUUUUUUUGGUGGGGGAGGGGGCUGAUUCCUCCCCCCUCCCCCGCCCCGUCAAGUCCCCCCCCCCCUUUCCCCUUCCUCCUUCUCUUUACCCGGGAGAACGCGAGGGGAUCGUAGUCCCAUCUCCGCUCCCCUGUGAGGCCUGACAACCUCCCUGGGAUCGAAGCUCCAACUGGCUGGAAAGUGCCCGACAAGUUACAGGAAUGGAGCUCCAGAGCCUCCAGGAGGCGUUAAAAGUGGGGAUUCAGGGUCAUCAGAACGGCGACCUUAAGAAACAGCUCCCAGAGAGGCAUUCCCGGCUAGCGGCCCUUAACGAGAAACAAGCCUUGGGCACCAUUGCAGCAGUGCCCAUUAAAGUUCCUCAGGUCAGCUCCUUGCACAGGUUGGUGGGGCAAGGACCAGCAGCGCUACCUCAGGUCAGGCCAAAGACCCUGAUUCCCGACAGCCUUCCCAUCUCCCCGUGCCGAGAGCGCCCCUCUAGGCAGACGCCAACCUUCCAGAAGGCUUCUGUUGUCAGCAUCAAAAACCCCAGCCCGGCCCUCCCCACUGCCAACAACACUGUCAGCCAACCUGUGGUGGAGCCUGCCAGCCUCCCCUCCCCUCUGAGCGGGGCCGGCGUCGCCUACGCCAUCAUCUCCACGUCCCCCAGCAAUGCUGCCUCCCCCAUCAAGCCCAGCUCUACCACUGCCACCGCUGCCGCCGUCUCCAUGGUCAGCGACAGCAUCAAGGUCCAGCCUCUCCUCAUCAGUGCCGACAACAAAGUCAUUAUUAUUCAGCCUCAAGUUCAGACCCAGCCGGAGAGCAAGACAGAGGCACAAGACCCUCCCCAAGAGUCAUCUCAGGAAGCUCAAGCCUCUAAAAGGAAGAAGGAAGCGGCUCCUGAUGUCCAGGAGAGUCCAGAGAAAAUCGCCUUCAUGGUAGCUCUAGGCUUGGUCACAGCAGAACACUUGGAAGAAAUUCAGAGUAAGCGGCAGGAAAGAAAGAGGAGGAGUACAGCGAACCCAGCAUACAGUGGCCUCCUGGAGACCGAGCGGAAACGCCUGGCAUCCAACUGCCUAAAUAGCCCUUUCUUCCUGUCAACAAGAGCAAAUGAGGAGCCCUGCUGGAAGAAUGAGCUCUCCCAUGAGGAGGUGUGUGUGAUAUGUAAGAGAGGCACCGACCUACAGCCCUGUGGCACCUGCCCAGGGGCCUACCACCUCAGCUGCCUCGACCCCCCACUCAAAACCACACCCAAGGGCGUCUGGGUGUGUCCCAAGUGCCAAGAGAAGGUGUUGAACAAAGAUGAAAAUGUACCCUGGACAGGAAUGCUCGCCAUUGUUCACUCCUACGUCACCCACAAAACAGUCAAAGAAGAGGAGAAGAGAAAACUCCUAAAGAGGGGAAGCGAGCUGAAGAGUGAGCACAGACAGCUGGAAGAGAAGGAUCGGCUCCUGAACACAGCCAUGAAGAAAUGCCUGGAGCUCAAGACCAGCCUGCUGGCCCAGCGCAAGGGGGCCCAGUCGUCCCUGGAGCGGCUCCGGGCCCUGCUGCGGCUGAUCCGGAACGAGCACAUGCUUCAGGUCACCAUGACCACCACCACCGCCUCUGCCUCCUCGCUGCUGGCUGUGCCUUGGAUCAAGCCGGCCGCCACCUCUGCCACUAUGGCCGUGCACACAGCCCUCCAGCAGGCCCAGGGGAACAACUGAGGCCCGGCGAGGAGCGGACCCCACGGGGUGAGGGGCGCCCACAAAAUGACACCCUCCUGUCCCAGGUCCCCCUCCUAAGGGGCCAGCUCCUCAGUGGGCCUCUGGUCACUUGGGGCUAGUUGCUUCUGUCCAUUGGCCAAUAUGUCAUGAUGAAUCUUAGAUGAAGAAAGGGAAAGUAGAGAGAAAGGAGGGGAGAUGGGGAAGAGGGGCAAGAGAGAAAGGGGAGGAAACUAGAAAAGGAGAGGAAACGAGUAAAAGCAGGAGGGAGGAAGGGAAGGAAGGUGACACAAGGAAAGAAGAGGACAGAAGGGCCGGCUGAUCCUCGGUUGUGGCACUUGGCCGGAGGAGAGAAUUUCAAGUACCAGACUUAGUUGAUGAUCAUUAGCAGGAUUAGGAGUAGGUUUUAGAGCCCUUUGGGGGAAGGGAAGGCCCAUGGACAGGGAGUUAUGCCCUCGACUGAGGCGGCAGCGUCAGGGCGGGAGGGUGUUGGAGUCGGGAUUAAGCCGGUAGUGACUGGACUCUAGCGGAGCUUCCCACUCCUUGCGCAGGCACCCAGAACCCUCCAUCAGAAGUCUCCUCCCAGAGAACGGGCAUCUACACGGAAGGCAACCCAAAAGCCGGCCACACGCCCACUUAGCUUUUCUAGUGGAAUACUGAGACCUCUCUGUGAGUACUCUGUGAAGUGUUGAACAAGCUGUGACUGUCAACCCUUCGUUUUUCAGGUCCCUUUGACUUCUUUUGCUAUUGAUGUAUUUUUCUCCUGGCAUUUGGGGGCGUGGUGGAACGUAGACCGGACAUUGGAGCUUUUCGGCAGGAUAUGGGGCUUUCAGUCAUCUGACUUUGGGGUUGGAGCCUUAGGGGGUUUUUUGGUUGUUGUUUUUCCUUUGAAAGAGCCAAUAAAUAUUCCAUUUUUUUCCGUUUCUUGCCAGUAUGGACACUAUGCCAAAAAUACUUUUACAUUUUUGUACUGUGUUUUUAUUGAAAAGAUAUUUAAUGUGAAGGAAAAAAAAAAUCGCUGCUCUUUCCCUGCAGGGCCACAGGCGCUCACGGCCCAGAACAAAGGUUGACCUGCCUCUGGGAGAGAGAGGCAGUCCCAUUAGAGAGAUCCAGAGACUCUUUCUAAGGGGGGUGGGUGGGGUGCAUCAGGGAGGAGGAGGAAGAGGGGCUACUGGCUUGAUAUUUCAAGGAUCUGUAGAAGCCCCGAGUCCUUUGGCCAAUAAAUGUUAUAGUGACAAGAGCUUACAUGAGAAAACUCUAAAGCUCCGGAUGUUCCACAAACAAGUAUUCCUGAGAGUCCCAGGAUCAGCACCUGGGCCAGUGCUCACCAGCUCUCACCUGGCUGUUGCCAAUUCUUGUCAGGGCCACCCGCUCAGAUGCCCGAGUGGUCUCUGGACGGGUGGUGGGACGAGGGGAAGCUGCCUCCGGAGACUCCACGGUGCCGUAUCCCAUGAGCCACGCCUCCGGCCAGGGGCUUGGUCUCGGCGCAUGGGCCCUGCAACCAUUUUCACCAUUCCGGGAGAAACUGUGCAGAACGUAUGAUACAGAUCUAUUUUAAUACACUUAACACUGGGUUGAACAAGAUUUUUAUAUUCUUUUAUUGACAAAGUGGAUUAAAGAAAUGCCAUUGUUAUUGUUGGUGAUUGUACGCCAAUAUUUAUAUGCAUCACAAGGGGGCUUGCAGUAGGACCUUUGGUUCAGAUUUCAUGGUCUUUUCUUUCGUCUCGGGUGGAUCCGGUGGGAACAUUAGCAGGCAGGAUACAGGCAGCAGCCAGCCCCUGUGCUGCAUCCUGGGACUGGCCGUUUGUAGGCUUUGGUUUCCAUUUUCAUUUUUCUGCUUCGGUUUGGUUUUGCAAAAGGGGACUGUCCUGUGGAUAGUGCGCAUAGAAGGGAAAAAGUGUUUGUCUUAAAUAUGCUUCUGUAGUUUUAAUUCUUUAUGAUGCAUUAAACUCAAUUGACGAUU